AUGCACUUCACAAAUAACAGCCUCAUUUAUAAUAAGCGCUUGCGCGAUUAUGAGGAUCGGGCCAGCGUGGCGAUCUCGAAGCUUUUCGAGGCCCAGAGAGCCGUCGCUGAUGAGGACUACCCGAGUGCUCUUGAAGCAAUGGAGCAAGUGGCAAAGGAGUGGCAGGGGGUCCAAACCGCGAAUUCGAAGCGCGAUGCGGACACGUUGAGGCCUCUUUACAUCACGCUGGCAGGAGCGUGGGCAAAGCUGCAGGCUGCAGAAAUGGCAAAGGGGGAUCGGAUGGUCGCAGUGCAGGAGACUCUGGUUGCUCGACAGACAGGCGCUAGCGUUAUGCUUGAAUUCCACGAGACCUUCGAAACCAUCUUAGCUCAUUACCUUUUUCACGAUGAGCGGGCCCUCCGUGAUUAUUGCACGAAGAAUGGCCGCGCCGAGUUGAUCGGCCGCUGGAAGGAAUACGAUCAGGCAGGCCUGCAGCACUCAACUGCUAUGGAGGCCGCUCCAGCAACCCCGGAGAGGAUCCCCUCGACCCAAGAGACUAUUCCAGCGACUCCCGAGAUGAUCCCAGCGACCCAAGAGACUAUUCCAGCGAUGCAAAAUGGCAGUGCCGAUGAAGUGCCAGUAACGCCAGCAUGGCAGGACUCGGCCUCUCCGCAGCCUCCGGCAGCUCCUGAACGGCGCGUCACAUCACGCCCAAAGAAGCGCGGGCUCCCGAUAUCUUUUUUGCUGCAGAAAUCGGACCCCGAGCAUGCACGCGAGAGUGAUGACAUUGAUGAAAACAUCACGCCACUGUCAUCGGGUCGGUAUGCCGCAGAGUAUGAAGACCUCAUCAGCUCAAAGAGGGCGAAGCUCGGACAGUCAACUGGAGCGGACAGGUGGGACUUUUCACAUGGGAUCCCAGUGAAUUAUCCAGGUAAUGCAUAUUGGAUGCGGAACUAG